AUGGUCGUGGUCAAUGGCGACUUCAACUUUUCCUCGCACGAGUCCGUCCUGCUGCAUAUGCCCGCAGCGGCAGUGCGGCGGAGCGCGCGGCAGCACCACGCCCGCGCCCCGCAGUGGCGGGACGCUCUUGCCCCGCUGAUUGAGAUUGAAAGUGACGCCCCCUCGCACUACGAGCGUGCUGGGAAUGCUGAAUCUUCUAUCGAUCGAUUCUUUUGCUCGCUCUCGGGAUGGCAGAUGUGUCAACUGGUGGUUCAGGCGUCGACUGUCGACUCGGCUGCGUUAGUGUCGGACAGAUGCGUCUCGGACCAUGCCGCCGUGCUGAUCUCUUUCGCUUCCAGGGCCCCCAGGGUUCAGGACGAGCGGGCCAUUCCCAAGCACAUCUUUCACGAACCAGCGUUCAAGCAGCGCCUCGAGGGCCUCAUCAAAGCCUCCGACUGGUCCCAGAUGUCCCCGCCCGUCAAGCUCGAGUACUACAAAAAGCUGCUGAAAAUCGCCUCUGCUGAAGAAUCACAUCCCCUGGCUGGCGACAUGAUCUAUGUGCGGGCUGGCAAGGCUGAGCUUAUCCACCCCCCCUCGUUCCAGGCAUGGGUCGACGAG